AUGCAAGUCAUUGUCAAAAGUGUCCAAAAGAUCAGCAUCCAAAUAAGACCCGAGACCAAUGUGUUCCCAAAUAUAUAACCUUCCUGUCCUACGAGGAACCUUUGGGGAUCAUCUUAAAUAUCCUUACACUUUUCUUCACCUUAAUUACAAGUUUGGUUUUGGGAAUCUUCAUUAAAUACUUUGGCACUCCAGUAGUCAAAGCCAACAAUCGGGACCUCUCCUACAUUCUCCUCAUCUCUCUCAUGCUUUCCUUUCUCUCCUCUUUGCUAUUCAUUGGUGAGCCAAGGCAAGUCACCUGCCUUCUCCGACAAACUGCCUUCAGCAUCAUCUUCUCCGUUGCCGUCUCUUCGGUGUUGGCCAAAACGGUCACUGUGGUGGUGGCCUUCAUGGCCUCCAAGCCUGGGAGCAGGAUGAGGAAAUGGCUGGGGAAGAGCUUGGCUAACUUCAUUGUAUACUCGUGUUCCAGCAUUCAAGUGGGCAUCUGCACUCUCUGGCUGGGCAUCUCUCCCCCCUUCCCAGACUCUGACAUGCACUCCCAGACUGGACAGAUCAUACUGCAGUGUAACGAAGGGUCUGUCACUAUGUUUUAUACUGCCCUUGGCUACAUGGGCUUUCUGGCUGCCAUCUGCUUCACUGUGGCUUUCCUAGCCCGGAAGCUGCCUGGGGCAUUCAAUGAAGCCAAGCUGAUCACCUUCAGCAUGUUGCAGCAAGACAAAUAA